GUAGCUAGCUCUUUUAGCAAAUCGGCUAGCCGCUGCGACGCCGCUGACUUCUGCCGCUACGGUCUGCCGCAUCGGGGACUUUCGAUCGUUUUCACACCCCCAGCCAGUAAAAGCUGGUUUUUAACGUCUUUAAUUUAACAUCGGUAAUUUAUCAUGAUAGAAUUUGACCGGAGGGCUGUUUAAUUUCAGGUCUUAUCGCUGAUUUUCCAACCGGUUUGGCGGGACUGGAUCGGGUUAACAAUACUACGAGCUAAAGGCUAAAGCGGCGAGCGUCGACACACAGGCCAGUCUGUUCUUUCAGGUAGCUAACACAGCUAGCUUAGCGAGCUACCGACCGCGGCUGUCAUGGAAGACAAAUCUUUCACUAAAGAGUUAGACCAAUGGAUCGAACAGCUAAACGAGUGUAAGCAGCUAUCGGAAAACCAAGUCAGGACACUCUGUGAGAAGGCCAAGGAGAUUCUGACCAAGGAGUCCAACGUUCAAGAGGUGCGAUGCCCGGUGACGGUGUGCGGCGACGUCCACGGUCAGUUCCACGACCUGAUGGAGCUGUUUAAGAUCGGAGGAAAGUCUCCCGACACCAACUACCUGUUCAUGGGAGACUACGUCGACAGAGGCUACUACUCCGUGGAGACGGUCACGCUGCUCGUCACGCUAAAGGUUCGUUUCCAGGAGCGAAUCACCAUCCUGCGAGGGAACCACGAGUCGCGGCAGAUCACGCAGGUCUACGGCUUCUACGACGAGUGCCUGAGGAAGUACGGCAACGCCAACGUCUGGAAGUACUUCACAGACCUGUUCGACUACCUGCCGCUCACCGCGCUGGUCGACGGACAGAUCUUCUGUCUCCACGGAGGUUUGUCUCCCUCCAUAGACACUCUGGAUCACAUACGAGCUCUGGACCGCCUGCAAGAAGUCCCACAUGAGGGCCCCAUGUGUGACCUGCUGUGGUCGGACCCUGAUGACCGCGGUGGGUGGGGAAUCUCCCCCCGAGGUGCCGGCUACACCUUCGGACAGGACAUCUCUGAAACCUUCAACCACGCCAACGGCCUCACCCUGGUGUCUCGCGCCCAUCAGCUGGUCAUGGAGGGCUAUAACUGGGGCCAUGAUAAGAACGUGGUGACCAUCUUCAGUGCUCCUAACUACUGCUACCGCUGUGGAAACCAGGCAGCCAUCAUGGAACUGGACGACACUCUGAAAUACUCUUUCCUUCAGUUUGACCCCGCCCCCCGCCGCGGCGAGCCCCAUGUGACCAGACGCACUCCUGACUACUUCCUGUGAAUGUCCAAAGCCAUCCCUGUCCAUCAUCCACGAAGCUCCGCCCACCUGCCCGCCCCUCCUCCCCACCUCCACCUCCUCAUUUUGGAUGGAAAGAAGAUAUUAAUAAUAAUAAUUAUGAUGAUGAUUAUUCUGUACCAGGGAGAGUAGACGCAACCGAUUGGCCGAACGAAUCCGAGAUUUUAACGAGAAAAGAGCGAACCUUAACGAGCGGCGCCCCCUACAGUCGUGUUUUCAAUAUGCUGUCAUUAAUGCUGUGCUUCUGGGGAAAAACAACAUGUACAACUAUGAGCUGUUUUCUUUUUUUGUGUUUCUUACAUGUUUGAAAACGAUAAAAUAAAACUACCAACGUGGACCAAAUGUGCCAUAUUCUGAUCCUUUUACCACAUGUACAACGCGCAGGUUUUCCUUUUCUUUUCUCUGUUUCUUUCAGUUGUUGUUUUUUUUUUUAAGACCAGCACUUUCCUCCUACCUUCCUGACGUCACCAAAACUCCACACAUCUCAUGGCAUAUGUGCUUUUUUCUGUUGCAAGAUGAUUUCAAAUCAAAAAGACGAAUAAAAAAUAGGAAAAAAGUUUGCUUCAAGUAGUCCAGCUGUCAGUUUUAGCUGUCCAGGCUGCAGCCGGUGGUCAUCUCAGCAAGUAUAUUACUGUAAUUUGAAUAAAGACAACAGACGUAUAAAAUAAAAUGUCCUAUUGACAAACUA